AUGGGUUACCUGAAGCUGCUGGUGGUAAAGGACUUCAAGUCGUGGAGGGGGCAGCAGGUUAUCGGACCCUUCAUGAGGUUCAACUGCAUCAUCGGGCCCAAUGGUUCAGGAAAAUCUAACAUAAUGGAUGCUGUUAGCUUUGUGAUGUGUGAAAAAACAUCAAAUUUGCGAGUUAAAAGUGUUCGAGAACUUAUUCAUGGAGCACAUGUUGGGCAGCCUGUUUCUUCCACAGCUAGUGUGAAGAUAGUAUAUUGUGAGGAAGAUGGGGAAGAAAAAACAUUUUCAAGAGUUAUCCAUGGUAGUUGUUCUGAGUUUCUUUUCAAUGACAAGCUUGUCAGCCGAUCUGCAUACAUAUCUGAGCUUGAGAAAAUAGGCGUUCUUGUCAAGGCCAGGAAUUGCCUUAUUUUUCAGGGAACAGUAGAGUCGAUUGCAAUGAAGAAGCCGAAGGAGAGAACUCAACUUUUUGAACAAAUCAGUAAUUCAUGGGAAUAUGCUGAAGACUAUGAAAAAAAGAAGAAGAAAAUGCAGCAAGCAGAAGAGGAUGCACAGUUUAAUUAUAACAGGAAAAAAAGUGUGGCAGUAGAACGCAAACAAGCAAGGAUAGAAAAAGAGGAGGCAGAGCAUUACCAGAUGUUACUCAAGGAACUGGAUGAAGAAAGGAUACAGCUGCAGCUUUUUCAGCUUUAUCACAAUGAAAAACAAAUUAACUUUCUGAAAAACAAUUUGGAUGAAAAGAAUAUGGAGGCUCAUAUCAAGAAAGAGGCUCUUUCUACAGCAGAAGAUUCUUUUAAAGUCAAGAAGAAAAUGUUUGGGAUGCUAAACAGGGACCAACAGCAUAUGGAAAAAGAAAUUAAGACUCUGGAGGCGUCACUGAUUCAGCAGAGACCCCUCUAUAUAAAAGCGAAGGAAAACACAUCCUACCAAAUCAAGAAAGUAGAAAUGUCUAAAAAAUCUCUAAGGGACAAGGAGAAAGCCUGUGAUAAGGAAAAGCAGAACAUAAAAGAACUAGAGAUGGAAUUGAAUGAUAUUGAGAAGGCAUGGAGAGCGUUUGAGGAGAAAAUUGGAGAAGAGAGAAUACAGAGAGCAGCAGAUAUUGAGCUGGGAGAAAGUCAGUUAGAGCGGUACAGAGAGCUAAAGGAAAUGGCAAGAAAGAAAGUAGCUAUAAUAGCCCAGCAGCUAGAAAAACUUCGUUGGGAGGAUAAAGGAGAUCAAGAAAGGCUGAAACUUAAUCGCAGGAAGAAAAAUGAAAUUGAGGAAACCAUUAAACAGACUGUGGAGCAGGUAGAAGAGCAUGAAAAACGCAUAGAGAAGUUGGAAGAAUAUGCUAAAGUAUGCAUUGGAUCACUAACAGAAAAAAAACAGCAGGAGGAAGUGCUGGCUAAGGAAAUUGAGAAUGCAACAAUACGAACAGCUGAAGUGAAUGAAGACUUGAGCAAAAUAGUUAGUGAACUGCAGAAUGCCAAAAUUGAUUACCAUGAAGGAAGGCGUGAGCAGAUGAGAGCAGAGAUCCUGGAAAGUCUAAAAAGGCUCUACCCGGAUUCUGUGUUCGGAAGAUUGCUUGACCUGUGUCAUCCUAUUCAUAAAAAAUACCAGCUUGCUGUUACCAAGGUGUUCAGCAAAUACAUGACUGCUAUUGUUGUUGCCACUGAAAAAGUAGCAAGAGAUUGCAUUCGGUUCCUAAAACAAGAACGAGCUGAACCUGAAACUUUUCUUGCUUUGGAUUACCUUGAUGUAAAACCAAUUAACGAGAAGUUAAGGGAGAUAAAAGAGGCUAAAAUGUUGGUGGAUGUUGUACAAACACAGUUUGCUCCACUGAAAAAAGUGAUUCAGUUUGUGAGUGGAAAUGCCUUGAUCUGUGAAACAGUUAAGGAAGCAAAACACGUUGCAUUUGAUGGACCAGUGAGGUUGAAAACGGUGUCUCUUGAUGGAACUUUAUUUUUGAAAUCUGGAGUGAUUUCUGGAGGAUCAAGUGAUUUAAGAUUUAAAGCUAGAUGUUGGGAUGAGAAAGAAAUGAAUAAAAUGAAAGAAAGAAGAGAUAGCUUGAUUAAUGAGUUAAAGGACUUAAUGAGGAUCAGACGGAAGGAGGCUGACUUGAAGCAGUUGCGUGCUCAAUGCCAAGGAACUCAGACACGACUUAAAUAUUCCCAGAGUGAAUUAGACCUUAUUAAAAAGAAACAUCUUGCUAAUCUCUUCAUGGAAAAAUCAAAACUGGAAAGUGAACUGGUAAAUAUUGAGGCUCAGCAUGAUAUGCUGAAUGAAGGAAUAGUGCAAAGAAAAGAAAAAAUAGAAGAGUUUCAGAAAAAAAUUAACAAGGUUGAAGAUAUUGUUUUCCGGGAAUUCUGUGAAGAAAUUGGUAUAGAAAAUAUUCGUGUGUAUGAACAAGAACACGUGAGACAACAAGAGGAGAUUGAUAAGAGAAGACUGGAGUUUGAAAGUCAGAGGACACGGCUGAACGUUCAGCUGGAGUAUAAUCGUGAUCAUCUACAAAAAUUAACAAACUCAGUCAGCAAGUUGAGGGAGACAAUUCAUAAAGAUGAAGCUGAGAUUAUCAAGCUAAAGAAGGAUGAGGAAAAGCUUCUUAAAAAAGUAAAUGAACUUUUGGAGGAGCAGCAACACCUUAAGGAUAGACUAAGUGCUCAUAAAGCUGAGCUUGCAAAAAGCCAAAAUGAAGUUGAAGAGUGCAGAAAGGUGAUAUUAACUCUUAAUAGAGAAGCCACAAAGUUGCAGAGGGAAGCUACAGCUCUAGAAACCUCGCUGGAAGAGAUGAGAUUAAGGGGACAUAAUCUGCUGCUUGAAUGCAAGGUGCAGGACUUGAAAAUUAAGUUACUGUCUGGAUCACUGGACGACAUCAGUGAAGUAGAGCUAGGAACUGUAGAAGACACCCAGACUCUAUCAGGGAUCUAUGAAAGGGAAGAGAGAAUUCAGAUAGACUACAGCCCCCUAGAAGUCGACCUAAAGGAACUAGAAUCUGAUAAAGACAUAGAGGAUCAAGUAAAGCAAAUGCAGCAAGAAAUCAAAACUAAAGAGGUCACAUUAAUGAAGACAGCUGCUCCAAACCUGAGAGCAGAAGAGAAGUUACUGAUAGCUCGGGACAAGUUCCAGGAAUCCAUAGAUGCUUUUGAGGCCAGCAAAAAGGAGGCCAGAAUAUGCAAGCAGGAGUUUGAAGAGGUGAAAAGAAGGAGAUACGAGCUGUUUAGCCGGUGCUUUGAGCAUGCCUCCAUAGCCAUUGACAGGAUCUACAAGAAGCUUUGCAGGAACAGUAGUGCUCAGGCCUUCCUUAGUCCAGAAAAUCCUGAGGAGCCCUAUCUGGAAGGCAUUGGCUUUCACUGCGUGGCUCCGGGCAAGCGCUUUAUGCCCAUGGACAGCUUGUCAGGAGGGGAAAAAACAGUGGCAGCCCUGGCUCUUGUGUUUGCUGUACACAGCUUUCGUCCAGCUCCUUUUUUUGUUUUGGAUGAGAUAGAUGCUGCACUGGAUAACACAAACAUUGGUAAAGUCUCAAGUUUCAUUAGAGAACAGGCACAUGAACAGUUCCAAAUGAUAGUCAUUUCCCUGAAGGAAGAGUUUUAUUACAAGGCAGAUGCAUUGAUUGGAGUGUGUCCUGAGUACAAUGACAUUAUGUUCAGCCAAGUCCUGACCCUGGAUCUUACCGAGUACCCAGAGGAGGAAGAGCAGGACACGACAGAGAAGCCCAGCCAUGGUUCUCUCUUCGACUAG